AUGAUGGCUUUGAAACGUUUCAUUUCUCCGAGUCGAGAUUUUUUCGACUUCAACUUGAAAUAUCUGUUCUAUGUUGGUUUAUGGCCGAGGGAGGAUUUCUCUAAGAGGCACGCCAUUCUUUACAAACUGUACGAAAUCUCGUUGCACGUUCUGUCCCUGAUAUACGUUUUGACGACCAGUAUCGGAACGUAUCAACACAGGGGUGAUUUCACUGUACUCCUCGCUAAUUUGGACAAGACAUUAGUCGCGUACAACUUCGUCCUGAAGGUGGUCGUGUUUGUUUUGAAGCGGAAGCAAUUGGAACGGCUGAUCGGAGAGAUCAUUUCUUCGGGGGAUCGCAUUACCUAUCAACGGAAGUGCCUAAUGGCAUUCCACAUGGUCGCUAUAACUGUUGUGACAACUGCCACCAUCGGAGCGUUCAGCCUGUUGGCCUUAUUCAAAAUGGAGAUGAUCGUGGAGGCCUGGAUGCCUUUCGAUCCGUCGAAGAACCUUACGAACUACCUUAUGGCGCUGGAGAUACUGGUCGUAUCGUUCAUACCUUGCUCGUUCAGAUCGAUAGCGAUGCAGGGGAUCGUGUGCAGCAUAGUGAUGUACUUCUGCGACCAGUACGUCGAUUUGCAGCGCAGGAUCAAGGUGUUGGAGUAUUCCUCUAUCAAUGAGGGACGAAUGAGGAGCGAGUUCGGAGAGAUUCUGAAAAAGCAUAGCGAAGGCAUAGCGAUGGCCGCGUACGGGACUUCAUGGACAUCCUGGCCCCUUGAUAUGCAGAAGAACUUGCUAAUAGUUAUAAGGGUUGCUCAAAAGCCACUCACCCUCAGUGCAGGUGGAGUAGUCAUAAUGUCCAUGCGGGCGUAUAGCCAGGAUAUAUUAGAAUGCAAAGAUUCCAUGGAAAGGUUAAAUGCCUUAAAUGAAAUUGGCAGGGCUAUGUUAACAAAGCUCAGGGAAGAAUUAGACAAUUUGGAUUUGUACGGAAGAGAAAGUGGUGAUCAAAAAUAUGUUAUUGAAUUGGAUGCCCAAAGGCAAUUGCUGGCUGGGCUUUUAAGAGAAUUUAAAGAUGCUAAUAUAAGCUCCUUAUUCACCAUUGAAAAAGCUCAAAGAGACGAAUUAUUAAAAUCUAAGAUGGAAGGUGAAGACCCUGUUGUUCGAAACCGUAGAAAACAGAUGGAUAAAGAUGGAAUGUUGAAAAUGACAACAGGUGUUACAGAACAACUGCUCUCUAUAAGUCGACAAUUAGCAGACACUACACAAAGGAGUCAAGUUACCCUUGACAGCUUAGUAUCUUCUAGUUCUACUGUACAUGGUACGCAAUCAGAGCUAGAGAACACGGCUGGUACGAUUUCUCAAUCGAGUAAGCUUUUAAACAAAUACGGUCGGCGGGAGUUCACAGACAAAGUGAUAAUGUUCUUUGCUUUUAUGUUCUUUUUGGCUGUUUGCUUGUAUAUAGUUCAAAAGAGAUUGUUC